GACGUCACGUUUGCGCGGGUCGCUCGUCUGCGGGAGGAGGAAGAGAGAGGCGGCCGGCCGGCAGCAGCGCCUGGGCUCUCCGCUCCCGUACUGAGGUUUCUGUCUAUUGGAGAUGGAGUCGGCUCCUUUACAGAUGAAGCCGGAGGGGCGCGUUGGAAACUACAUCUCGCGAGAAAUCAAAACGGAUAUUGAAAGCUUGUAUGAAGCCAUACCCCAGCUCUCCAAAAUCUUCGUCAUAUUGGAUAAAAUUGGUGAAGGUACGUUCAGCUCGGUGUACCUGGCGGAGGCACGGUUGACGUCUGGCGCGAAAGAGAAGUUUGCUUUGAAGCACCUGAUCCCGACCAGCCACCCGGUCCGGAUUGCAGCAGAGCUGCAGUGCCUGACUGUGGCAGGCGGAAAAGAAAAUGUCAUUGGGGUGACGUACUGCUUUCGAAAGGACGACCACGUGGUUAUCGUCAUGCCUUACCUGCAGCAUGAAUCCUUCGUGGACAUCGUGAGCUCGAUGGGUUUUGGAGAGGUGCGGCGGUACAUGUUUCACUUGCUCAAAGCCCUCCGGCACAUCCACAGCUUCGGCAUCAUUCACCGUGACAUCAAGCCCAGUAACUUCCUGUACAGCCGCCAGCAGCAGAAGUAUGCUCUGGUGGACUUUGGCUUAGCGCAGGGGACCCCCGGUACCCAGAUCGAGCUCCUCCGGGUCCUGAAGGCUGAGAGCCAGCAGGGAGCUUCCACAGAUAACAGACCUCCUGCACCCCCUGAGAGUAAGACGCAGCCCUGCAGGCCAUCUCCGGACGACCGCCCUCUGCAUUGCCCCAUGAAGCCACCUGCCAAGAGAUCCUGGUCACUGGCUCAGACUAAACACAGAAAGGAAGCGCAGUUGGUGAACUCGGCACAGCGCUCUGUGUUUGGGGAGAGAAACCUGAACAAGCUGAACACGCGUGAGGACUCCUUAGUCAAGCCGGUGAAACAUUCCAAGGUGCUGGACGUCGCGUCCCGGAGGAUGGCGGUGCCGGCACGCCGGCCGGUCGCUGUGAAGGGCGCGCCCGGCGCCCAGAGCCGUAGGCCGGCCGGUGGGUGCCCGGCCCGCCUGACCUGCAGCUGCCACGACACGGACCGCGUGUGCAACAUGUGCCUCUCCAGGAAACCGCAAGUGGCCCCCAGGGCAGGUACUCCUGGUUUCAGAGCCCCUGAGGUCCUGACCAAGUGUCCACAUCAAGGCACAGCGAUCGACAUGUGGUCGGCAGGAGUGGUGCUGCUGUCUCUGCUCAGUGGGAGAUACCCGUUUUUCAAAGCAAGCGAUGACCUGAUUGCCUUAGCGCAAAUCAUGACCAUUCGUGGAUCCAAAGAGACAAUCCAGGCUGCUAAGACAUUUGGAAAAUCUCUGGUCUGCAGUAGGGAGCUGCCGGCCCAGGACCUGAGGACCCUGUGCGAGAGGCUGAGAGGAGCGCAGCGGCGCUCAGAGAGUGGGGGCCCGGACCCGAGCGCCGCGCCCGGCGCGCUGGAGGAGCCGUCUCUCGCCGCGCGGCUCGGCCCACCCCCGGAGCCCCCGCAGGGCGGGCAGAGGGACUCGGGCGAGGAGGGGUGGGACAGGGUUCCUGACGCUGCGUACGAUCUGCUGGACCGGCUGCUGGACCUGAACCCGGCGACGAGGAUCACGGCCAGCCAGGCUCUGCUGCACCCCUUAUUCCAGGACCUGUGACUCUGUGACCCCGCUUCCCGCCGCAGGAGAGGCAGGGCGCCCCCCGGGCCAACAGCUAACGGCACCUGUCUGGACUCUGAAGAUACACGGGGCCGGCAGGCAGCGCACCUUUCCUCCUCCUGUUUUUAUCCCAGCGCGGUUUACACCGUUUUAACUGAGCCCUGUGACGGACGUUGUUUUGUUUCACGUUUUAUUCUUUCCUUCGUGUUUUAGGUUGAAAGAAUUGUAAUAAAAACGAGCUUUUAAGAA